AUGAAUGACACGCAUGGCACGAAUAAAGCGGAAGAAAAGAUUGUUGCAAAACAAGUUCAGAACCAAAAAGAAGAAUGCUGCGUGGUCGUACAGUCAGGAUAUCAAAAAUACGAGAAGAAAAUAGAGGGUGAACGGAGAAAAACCGCAUCUGGAAUCAUAGUAGAAAACAAUGAGAAAGCAGAUGAGGUUCUGCAAGACAGCUGGCCAGGUGAAGUGCGAAAACCGGUUCUUGACCGUUUCGGGAAAAUGUCGAGAGUAGGAUGUGUCGUUCCCUGCGUUACAAGUUCCUCGCUUGUUUCUUUAAGAACUGAAGACGUUUAUCUAGAUGUGAAGGAAAAAUAUCGAGUGCUGAUAUAUCAAAAGGCACAGGGACGUGAAAUAGAUCAGACAAAGUGGACGCGGAAAAUAAUCUCGGAGAAAGUUGACCCGCUUAUACUUGAAGCGGCAGUUCCAAGUAGCACAACGAUGCUACGAAGAGAUGACAAGGCGUGGAAAGAAGCCAUCGAUGUGGAAAGCAAGCAUAAAAAAGAAGAUAAGUGA